AUGAGUGCACCUUGUCUCAAGCCAUUGAGCUACACUCCACUGCUUCAAAUAUCUACACCAUUGCCUUAUUUUGAUCGAGCUGCCUACACGGUCCAACUCCGGGGAAUUAUGGUGUCACAGAAGUUGCUUACACUACCCAAAUUCGCCUUGGUACCGGAUCAUACUGGAGCUGGUCAGACAAUGAUCGACUCAGGGACACAAUUCACAUUCUUACUCGGCUCGGUUUACGAAGCAUUGAGAAAUGAGUUCGUCAAUCAAACUCAAAGAAUUCUACAUGUUUUGGAAGAGGAAGACUUUGUAUUUCAAGGAGCAAUGGAUUUGUGCUACCGAGUUCCAGCAACUCGAACGAGUUUCUCUGACCUGCCCACAGUGAGUCUGAUGUUCAGUGGGGCAGAAAUAGUGGUAACCCCGGAUCAGUUGUUGUAUAAAGUUGCAGGAGAAAUGAGAGGAAGUGACUCGGUAUAUUGUUUCACAUUUGGUAACUCGGAACUGUUAGGAAUAGAGGCGUUUGUCAUUGGGCAUCACCACCAACAAAAUGUAUGGGCUGAGUUUGAUCUUCAAAAUUCGAGAAUCGGGUUUGCACCGAUUCAUUGCGGUAUUGCAAGUCAACGACUCGGUAUUUGA